GUCAGGCCAGCUGGCUCUCCGCCCGCUCUGCACCCCGACAAAGUUCUCGUGGGGAGGGGGAGGGGUGGUUCCGCCCCGCCCCGCCCCGCCCCGCCCCUCCCCGCUAGGGGCGGAGCCUGCGCCUGCGCCUGCGAGAUCAGAGGCCGGGCGUGUAACCUACGGGUGGGCGCCCCACGCCCGCCAGAUUUGCGCAGUUUCUGGGAUACACGCCGCCCGUCUCCAGGGCCUGAGCCAGGUCUGUUCUUCACGCAGGUGUCCCGCGCGUCCCGUUCAGCCAUGAAGUCCGGCAUCCGUGUAGCGCUGGUGACUGGAGGCAACAAGGGCAUCGGCUUGGCCAUCGUGCGCGACUUGUGCCGGCUGUUCUCGGGGGACGUGGUGCUCACGGCGCGGGACGUGGCGCGUGGCCAGGCAGCCGUGCAGCAGCUGCAGGCGGAGGGCCUGAGCCCGCGUUUCCACCAGCUGGACAUCGACGACCUGCAGAGCAUCCGCGCCCUGCGCGACUUCCUGCUCAAGGAGUACGGGGGCCUGGACGUGCUGGUCAACAAUGCGGGCAUCGCCUUCAAGGUUGCUGAUCCCACACCCUUUCAUAUUCAAGCGGAAGUGACGAUGAAAACAAACUUCUUUGGUACCCGAGAUGUGUGCACAGAAUUACUCCCUCUAAUAAAACCCCAAGGGAGAGUGGUGAACGUAUCUAGCACGAUGAGCCUCAGAGCCCUUAAAAACUGCAGCCCAGAGCUGCAGCAGAAGUUCCGCAGUGAGACCAUCACCGAGGAGGAGCUGGUGGGGCUCAUGAACAAGUUUGUGGAGGAUACCAAGAAGGGAGUGCACCAGAAGGAGGGCUGGCCCAGCAGCGCCUACGGAGUGACGAAGAUUGGCGUCACCGUUCUCUCCAGGAUCCACGCCAGGAAACUGAGUGAGCAGAGGAAAGGGGACAAGAUCCUCCUGAAUGCCUGCUGCCCGGGGUGGGUGAGAACCGACAUGGCAGGACCCAAUGCCACCAAGAGCCCAGAAGAAGGAGCAGAGACCCCUGUGUACUUGGCCCUUUUGCCCCCGGAUGCUGAGGGUCCCCAUGGACAAUUUGUUACAGAGAAGAGAGUUGAACAGUGGUGAGCUGGGUUCACAGCUCCAUCCAUGGGCCCCAUUUUGUACCCUGUCCUGAGUUAGUCUAAAGGGCACUUACAAAGUCAUAAAUAUCCUUAUAUAAGAAAAAAAAGAUCUCUUAUCAAUUAGUACUCACUAAUACACUACUAAUUGAGCAGCCUACACACUCAGUUGACUACCUAAAUCUGUCAGGUCUUUUGUGAUUUCCUCUGAUGCAGGGAGAGGAAAAAUUGUAAUUGAUGAAAAUCAUGAAUGAAAAUCAACAGAUGAAUAAAUGGUUCUUUAUAAGUGUC